AUAAUCUUAUUUUGAAAGAACAGAUUCCCGACGUCAGCUCCGGUUAAUGUAGAUUUCUCACAACAUCAAGCUAGAGCUGCGAGUGGAAGCUAACGCUAACGUGACAUCUAUUGUCAGGAUAUAUUGCAGUGAACACAGAGGGAAACAUGUCAGAUACGGAGACAAAACCAUCCAGCCAAGACGGAGGGGACAAGAAGGACGGAGAGUACAUCAAGUUAAAAGUGAUCGGUCAGGACAGCAGUGAAAUCCACUUUAAGGUGAAAAUGACGACACAUCUGAAGAAGCUGAAGGAGUCGUACAGCCAGAGACAGGGCGUCCCAGCGAGCACGCUAAGGUUUCUGUUUGAGGGACAGAGAAUCGCAGACAACCAAACUCCAAAAGAGCUGGGGAUGGAGGACGAAGACGUCAUCGAGGUUUAUCAAGAACAGACCGGCGGACUUUGGAACGAUUAAAACCUCCCACGUUUCUAAAUCUUUUUUUUUUUUUUCUUUUUGUUCUUAUUUUGUAUUUUAUUUUGUAUGUAUGUUACGUAUUUUGUUCCGUUUCAAACCAUCUGGAUCAAAACCGACUCUAUCAGGGCUUCCAUGUGUGAGGGCAGGAGGGCGAACAGACCGAGGUAAGGACGAGGACGAAGGAGCGAGCGGGUCUCCGGGACGUUUUCAUGUCGUUGACCCGAGCCACAGCGUCCAACACGAGUGUUAGACCAUCAUUUACACAGACAGACAUCUGGCUUUUGUUUGGUUUUUUUGUCCCGUGAGUCAACAGAAGGAAAUAAUGGAAUCUACAUUAAAGGAACAGUUCACCCAAAACGGAUAAAAGUCAUCUAAUCACUCUUAUUACCAGUAAAGUUGUCAUGAGACGCAGUGAGAUCAGCUGUGUGUCGGCCUCCUGCAGCAUGUAGAACUAUAACACCAGAUAAAUGAGUUCAGACGCGGAGCUGAUGGAUGAAACAGGCGGAUAUCAGCAGUCAAGUUUAAACUGCAGGUGUUGAGACGGUGCAGGUGUGAAGUCUUCUGCUGUGCGACUGAAGACGAGCAGAACUUCAGGUUCAGGUUGUUUUGUCUUUUAAACCUCAAAAUGCCUGAAAAUCCUGAAGCAGAUAUUCGACUGUUGGAGCCGUUUGGGAACAGAUGUUACAGAUGUUUGAUGAGGCUGAAAGAAAUGUGUCAGAUCAGAACCUUUAGAGGUCCAGUGUGAAGGAUUGAGGGGGGCUGUCGUGACUUUUUGUUACCUUAGGUUUUGUAUGAAAGGCAGCAGGUAGCGCAGGUGUGUAAUGACACCUGGCUCAGUGGCACAUGGAGUUUGGCCGCCUGGCAUCUUAUCUUCUGUGUUGUCGUGAUAGAGCGAGCAGCUAACUUCCUGUUUUGGUAUGUGCGUAGCUGUGCGGCUCUACCAGAAUUUCCAAAUGUUAUUUGACAGAACAGAUGAAAUAACGAACACAAGCGACUCGUUUCACUGAGUUGUGACGCUCAAAUGAUUUUGUAUCCAAAGACUUUUUUCACAAUGUCCUUUUUGAAACAGUCCGACAUGUUUCCUUCAGAACAGACGAGCCGAGCGCUGAAACACCUGAGAGUCGGAGCUCACCUCUCCUCCUGGUACCUGCAGGAACACUGGUGCUCCACAUCAGGAUGGAUGGUUUUAAUUUCUCCCCUCUUCAAAUUAAAUAACGUCGCCCUCGCAGUAGCUGACUGUUAAUGCGCAGCGCUCCUGUAUACAGUGAAAAAACGACAGUUAAUUCACGCAGGAUACAAACUGCUGCUGUAACAAAUGCUGAGCCACAGCGAUCAGUCGUUAAUGUUUGAUUAGGGUAGAACUAAUUAUAUUUAUAGGACGUCUGGUGAGCAGAGAGAGGAAAUCCUCCACACUGGACCUUUUUUUAAAAUCUGUUUCUGAUGAGCUGUGAUUAAAGACCGGCAUCAUCUUCAGGACACCGUGAAACAUGUCUGCUCACAUUCCUGUUGGCUGUGUGGACGGAUGUGUUCUGGGUUCAGACAGGAGGGAGAGUGUGUGAGCUCACACAGCUGAUCACAGGGCAGUCGGGCUGCAGCUGUCUGGGUUUAAAGUCUUGUGGGUGUUUCCUAAAACUCGAGACGACGUCCUCAAACGUCUUGUUUUGUCCACAUCUCUAAGAUCAUCAUCAUCAAACCGUCAUAGAGGAAGAAAGAAGCCAGACAAAUACUCGCUUAACAAGCUGGAAUCAGAGAAUUUAAGACUUUCCGCUGUGAAAGUAGCAGCUCCACCCGUCAGCCUCCGUCACCGGCUCACACAACAACAAGGAGUUUGUCAACAUUCGCUUCUGUCGAUUUGAAUAAUUUGCAUCCGCAGCCUGUGUGUGCCAUGUGUGAAGAGCUGACAUUGUACAAAUUCUGAUAAUAACCCACCUGCUGUGGUCAUAUUUGAGGUUUUUAAACCCAUUUUAAAUGAUACUUGUGCUUUACUUGUAUAUGUUGUACUCAGUAUUAGAGUGUGUUUGAAUGAUAUGCCAUGAUGUGUAUCUCCGGUGUCGUCUUUUUUUAUUUAUAUUGGAGGGAAUCAUUCUGUGCUGAUGUAUCUGAAUAUUUACCCGUGAUCGAGACGUUCUCCUGGCUGGCGGUCACACGGUGUCUGGAGGAGGAGCCUGGCAGUGUGGCGUCAGCUUCUUCUUCUUAAAGCUUCUUUUUCUGUUUUGUUUUAGGAAUGAAACUCUUAAUCUUGUGUACUGUAUGAAGUUCCUCGAGAGGGUUAAGAUCGUCAGCAGGCCCCCGAACUGUGUCAUCUUUGAAAUAAGGAACAGAGAUAUUUGCAUGACGGAGAUGCUCAACUCAUGAAGGAUGAGAUAACCAACAAAAAGAAAAGUCUGUUGUGAUUCUGGUUAUUUCACUCUUCACUGUUGGUUCAGAUCAAACACUGUGAUCUGAAUUCAACAAGGAAACAAAUUCAUAGGAAGUAAUUCUUUUCUACCUGAAAGGAAACAUGAUUCGAUCAUGAAAACUGUCCUUCAAAAUGAAAUAUCUCCUCGAUUGGGUUUUCCUCACGCCGACCCGCUUGUUGUCAUCUUCCCCUCGUGCGUCGGCGAGCGGCUCAGGUGAACUGGGCCCAGGACGGGUUCUGAUGUGAGCCACGGCGCUGAUCUCAGUGAGCUGGAGAGACUGUUCAUCAUCAGAGGAACAUUGAUACAGAUGGUUUGAAAUUCUGGAGAUGAGCUUUUUGCUUUUUUUGAAUAAAAUAUUUAAGAAAAAAAAA